UACUACUCUACGUCAGUCCUCUUAGAGACGGUAUACCGCACAACGACAAACAAUGCCCGUGAACAUAAGACCUGUGGUCUCACAGGGACUGGCUUCCUGCUGUACCGUCUUCUCCGUAUUUGGCAUUAUCAUUCUUGUCGCCCUCGGUUCACUCUUCUCUCGUCGUGUCGAGGUCCUCACAGGCUCAGUCAAUGACCCAGUAGACCCCGAUCUGGUGGCAUCUACUUGUUAUGCUGCCGCCGUGAUCUACGCAAUAUUUGUGGCGUUCUGUGGUGUCCAGAUGGCGGUACAUAAGCGAUAUCCUCGAGGAGUGCAGUUAUAGAAAAGGACCCACAACGUUAUUGGGAUGUACUCAUAUGCUUGUAUCAACAGAACUAGUCUCAACACUUACAUAUCCAAGCGGAGCCGCUAGACACUUGUGUUUGACCGUUGACACGUCUUCAUGAUGGAUCUGCCGGGAAAAAAUUAGCGGCCCUAUAUGCUACUAAAGAACAAAUAAUACAGUCC